AUGAAACACGUAUUUUUUCAAAUACAAAAUGAGCAAUGUCAUACUCCAGGGCUAGGAUGUUCGUUUAUGAAUGUUGAACUAAUAAACGAAAUUACAAAAGGUUUUGCUACAAAAUGGAUUUUUAAAUGUAAAAUGUGUAACCUAUUGACUACACUGGAAUCGGAAAACAACGAUCUAAACUAUAUACCGAUUAACAAAGCAAUUGUUAAUGGCACGUAUGCAAUUGGUAUAGGAUACACACAACUAGCUGAAUUUUCGGCAAGUUUAGAUGUUCCAUGUAUGGCCCCCUCGACAUAUAUAAAAUAUAGUGAGGAAAUAAGUAUGCAUAUGGAAACUACAGCAUGGAGUGUUAUGGAACUCGCUGGUAUAGAAGAAAAAAAGUUGGCUUUUGAGGCAGGUGAUAUAGAUAGUGAUGGUAUACCUAUGUGCCCUGUUGUUGCUGAUGGCCAAUGGAGUAAGCGCAGCUACAAGACGAAAUACGACGCAUUUUCAGGAGCGGCCACUAUAAUUGGAUUUCGGACGAAAAAAAUAUUAUUUAUUGGAAUAAGAAAUCGGUACUGUGUGAUUUGCGAAAGAGCGAAAACCAUCGGUAAAUCUCCCAUGACCCUCAAGUGCUUUUUAAAUUGGAAGAAUGGUGCUACCAGCAUAGAAGCCGAUGCUAUAGCAGAAGGAUUUUUAUGCAGCGUUAAAAUGCACGGUUUAAAAUUUAAACAGUUAAUUGGAGACGGAGAUAGUAGUGUUUGUAAAAGAUUAAAUGAAGUUAUGCCGUAUGGACCUACAUUUUUAAUUGAGAAAAUUGAAUGUAGAAAUCACAUACUUCGUAAUUAUGGACAAAAAAUAAUGCAUUUAACAAGGAAAACUGAGUACCCGGGUUUUAUACGAAAAUUUAUAUCAAAGAAUGUACUAAGAUUUCGGACAGCUAUAACAAAAGCAAUAAAGUAUAGAAAUCGAAUUGAUGAAUCACAUUAUAACAAAAUUGAAGGAUUACGUAAUGAUAUUUUAAAUAGCCAAUAUCACAUUUUUGGUCAACACUCCAAGUGUGACAAAUAUUUUUGCACGGGAAAAAAAAUUGGAGAGCAAAAUAUUGUAUCAGAAGUCAUAAAAUGCGGGUUAAUGACUGAAAUGUCCACUGCUCUUCGUCGUGUAGUUAAUAAUUCUAAAAGCUUGUUACUUGACGUGGAUAAUAAUAUCUGCGAGCAAUUCAACAGCCUAAUCAACAAACACAUCGCGGGAAAGAGAAUUAAUUUUUCUCAAAAGCAAUCAUAUACUACUCGAGUUUAUGCAGCUGUGGUAGCUUUUAACUCAAAUGGUAAUUUGAUAAGAGAAAUCCACAAAAAUAUCACUAACAAAAGUCCAGGAAUCGUUGCUAAAAAAUAUUUAAAGUAUACUGCAGAUAAAAGAAAAAAUUUAAAAACACGCCGAGCUCUAUUUCGAGCAUCUGGAAUGUACAAAAAAAAAAAUAUGUCCAAUGGUCCAGAUGAAAAUUAUGGACUAGCUCAACCUUUAGAUAAUUUAUUACCUACUGACGAGUUGAAAAAUAAAAAAAUUUAA